CCAAAACAACGCUAAAAUCUGAUCCGUCUGCCGCCUUUUCUUGACAAAUUUUUCGACUGCCUUUGUUGUCAACAAUAAAAUCACUUUGAUUUUACACGAUGUCGCCCGGAACUUUGUGGACGAACAAGAACAAGAAUGGGAAGGCGCCGUCCGAAACGAAUACUGAAGACUCCGGCGAUGAAAACACAAACGAAGCCGAUGAUACUUCGAGCAUCGGCAGUGCAUCGACGACGGACAACACGUCGUCCCGCAGCGAGACGCCAGUGCAGCGCGGCGUGAAGCGCAAAGGUCGCGCGAGCAACCGUCGGAAGGCGUCCAAGGCCGUCAGCAAGCCGCUGUACAAGUUCACGUGCUACGCCAAGGAGGACCACGGACAGCCGCUGUUCGGCGUGCAGUUCAACCACCACCUUAAGGACGGCCAGCCCGUCGUGUUCGCCUGCGUCGGCUCCAACCGGGUGUCCAUCUAUGAGUGUCCCGACGAGGGCGGCAUCAAGCUGCUGCAGUGCUAUGCCGACACCGAUGCCUACGAAAAUUAUUACACAUGCGCGUGGACAGUGGACGAGGACAGCGGCCGACCCUUGCUGGCUGUUGCAGGCUCCAGGGGCAUUAUACGGCUUUUCAGUCCGUCCCAAUCGGCCUGCAUCCGACACUACAUCGGCCACGGACACGCCAUCAACGAGCUGAAAUUUCAUCCGCAGGACCCAAAUCUGUUGCUCUCCGUGUCCAAGGACCACGCGUUGCGUCUUUGGAAUAUAAAGACUGACAUCUGCCUCGCCAUUUUUGGAGGAGUUGAAGGGCAUCGAGAUGAAGUUUUAAGUGCUGACUUUGACUUGCGAGGCGAACGCGUGAUGUCCUGCGGCAUGGACCACUCGCUGAAGCUGUGGUGCCUGAACAAACCGCACAUAAAGGAGGCGAUAAAAGAGUCGUACUCGUUCCGCAGCGGCACUCGGCCCUUUAAUUCGUUAAAAGAACACUUUCCUGACUUCUCCACCAGAGAUAUUCACCGCAACUACGUCGACUGCGUGCGUUGGUUUGGAGACUUUGUUCUCUCCAAGUCGUGCGAAAACUGCAUCGUCUGCUGGCAGCCCGGACGGCUUGGCAAGCCACUGCGACCGAAUGAUUCGGCUGUCACAGUGCUCCACCGCUUUGACUACAAAGAGUGUGAAAUUUGGUUCGUCCGCUUCUCCAUGGACCAGCGGCAGACGACCCUGGCGCUGGGCAACCAGGUGGGCCGGACCUACGUGUGGCAGUUCGAUCAGGCGGACGAGCCGGGCCAAGCGCGCUGUCACCAGUUGCAGCAUCCGAAAUGCACAACCGCGAUUCGCCAGACGAGCCUGAGCCGCGACGGACAGGUGCUGGUGUGCGUGUGCGACGACGGCUCCGUUUGGCGCUGGGACAGGUGCAACCUGACCGCCUCCUAGGACGAGGAUGAUGGGGAUGAUGACGAAGAUGACGACGACGACGACUGCAGCUUGGGAGUCGCAGGCGCCGCAGCUAACACAGACUUGCGCUUCUCCCCCGGACCCUCGGGCACGAGCAGCAAGAACGGUCGGAAGUGAACCAGAAUGUUAUCUGUGAAGUAUGGGAUUGAUUAGUGACUGGUUAAUCUAGUUGUAGAGUGUAAUAGAAUAAGAUUCCAUUUGACUCUGUCGUAAUUUAAUUUUUUAAUUUUCUCGGUUUCGUAAUUCAAGCCUUGAAUUUAUGGUAUUUAUAUUAGAAGCGCAUACCAACGACUUCAGUCUCAAGUUUGUAGUGUUUAGCGAUGGUGUCUGUGUUCCACCGAGCUGGAUCGUCUUGGUGGUCGGUGAUGAACUUGAUGGCCUGCUUGAAGGUGACUUUGCCCGCGGCGACCUGACUAGGUUCCUCAAAUCCGAACUCGGGCUUGGGGAUGGGUUUCCGUUGCAAGGGCAACGGCCUCAAUGGAUUAGCCUCCUGUUUAAUUUGGAGUUCAGGGUCGUGCGAGAUGACAAACACUUUUUUCAGUCUCUCGUCCAGGUCACUCGAUUUUCUCGACUGUUCCGCAAGAAUUUCUGGAUGGUCUGACAAAGAAUGAUCUUUUUAUUAAUGCUGCUGUACGAUAUUUAUUUAUCCUUACCUGCGGCGAGCCGCUCGAGUUCCCUUUCAGUCGCAGGGUAUCGUGGAGCCGGUUGCGGUUUGUCCCGCGAAAUGACCUUGUGAGCUCUGUUUUCUAUGUUGAUGUUGCGAAUUUCUUUGGUUAAGAAGUGGAAAACACGACUGCUCGCUUGCCCCAUUUUUGAAACAGUUCUGUUCGGCGAAUUAAAUUAAAUUCUGCCCGAACUUCUGACCUCGGACACCACGACACAAAAAAUAACCAUAUGAAAUUUCCAAAUAAAGACAGCAGCGCCAAUGUACUUUUAGCAGUACUAAAUUUUCAGUUUGGACUGAAUCGGUGAUUAUUAGAUUAGUCGCAUUGUAGGGAUAGAAUAAUUGAAUAAAUGAUACGAAUUUGCUUUUUCAUCUCCAA